AUAUAUAUCUACACCAUUGUCUCUUUUUAGUUGCACAAAAAUGGAUGUGAUUCAUGAGUUGAUAUACCUAGUGAUUGUGCCUGCAGUUUGUGUCUUUCUAUGUCUCAUCCUACCUUCCUUCUUCAUCUUCAACUUCAUACAUACCAUCUUACAAUACCUCUUCCCUGCGAAGAACAUGAAAGGAAAAGUAGUUCUCAUCACUGGUGCUGCCUCAGGAAUUGGAGAGCAAGUGGCUUACCAAUAUGCAAAAAGAGGUGCUUCACUUGUUAUAGUUGACAAGAAUGCCCAUGACCUUCCAAAGGUUGCAGAGACAGCUCGCGGGCUUGGCUCUCCUGAUAUUCUUCAGGUUUGUGCAGAUGUUUCCAUUGUUGAAGAUUGCAAGCGCUUUGUUGAUGAAGCCAUCAAACACUUUGGCCGAUUGGAUCAUCUCGUCAACAAUGCUGGUAUUUCCUCUAUAUGCCCAAUUGAGGAUAUCACAGAUGUUACAAAUUUCACACGUGUGAUGGAUGUAAAUUUCUGGGGAUAUGUUUAUCCAACCCAUUUUGCAAUUCCUCACCUGAAACAGAGCAAGGGAAAGAUCCUUGCUAUUUCAUCUGCUGCUGCAUUGAUGCACCCUCCAACACUGGGCUUCUAUAGUGCAAGUAAAUCGGCAGUAAAAACCUUUUUUGAGACGUUAAGAUCUGAAUUGGCACCUUCAAUCACCGUAACAAUUGCAACUCUUGGAUUUAUAGAUUCAAAUAUGACCAGAGGAAAACACUUACCUGGCCUCACCCAAACAAAUCCAAGUACGACUACAGAUGUUGCAGAGAGUAAAAAACGAGAAAGACAUGUAAUUUUCCAAUCUUUUGUGCUGAUGAGUUCGAGGGCAUCUGCAGGAGCCCUUGUUGAUGGAGUAGUCCGAGGAAAAAGAUAUGUGACCGAACCAAAAUGGUACAAGGCGUUCUUUAUACUGGAAGCUUUAUGCCCUCAAAUGGUGGACUGGUAUUACGGUCACAUUUUCUUUCGCCAAGUCAAGCAUGUCUUAGAUGAAGUAUCCAUUCCAACAUCACAAACUAAAGCGGACUAGGUUUAGAUUUAUCAAGGCAUUCAGUGAAUUUCUUAGUGUUUGGUUUUACACAAUUAACUUUUUUAUGUGAGAAAUGUUUAAAAGUUCGAUCUUCUACAACCCAACUGUCACGGUUCAGGCGUUGUAUCAGUAUUCUUUUUUUUAAAA